AUGGGAAUUAACUGUUGCAGCCAGUCCGCGAGUAGAGUGUGCACAAGUAUUAUUCCUCCAACCCAGCAGCCAGCUAGGACUGCUAAAAAAGCUGUAUUAGAAGGAAAUCAUUAUGAAAAAAAUUCAAUGAAGCUCGAUAUCAAGUCGAAUUCUCUGUAUCAAAAACGAACCAAACGAAAAGGAGAAAGAAGUAAUCUUUCCUUGCAUCAUAUUGAUACCACUGUAUCAGCUGUUUAA